AUGGAGCCAAUAGAGACUGAUGGAUAUGGAAGCCUCCUCCAUCCGAGGCGCGCCAAAUCACCGAUCACCACGAACCCUGAUCAUCUCUGGGAUUCCAAGCAAGAACUUGCUAGCUUUCUCAAACAAGACAAGCACCUCCAACGCGUUGCCAUGUCAAGGAUUGCAUCAUUUGGCGGAGAUGCCGACACCAAAGAAAUUUCGUAUGUUGGUCUUUCUUCCGAAAAGGAACUAAAACAAUCUGUCAAGCGCAUGAAAGAAGCCAAGACAUGCGUAUUGGCUGAACAAAUGCAGCAAGAAGAAGACUUCUACAACGAAAUGAAUGAUCUUUCUGACUUUAGGCUUGACCAAGAAACAAUCGCGCAUUUUUUCUCCAUCUACUCCAUCAGAGCUGCCAAGGUUGCUCAUAUGAAGGGUCUGCAACUUUGA